CAGGGCCAAGACGCUUAGCCGUUGCUUUGCGAAUUCAACGGAAGAGUUGCGCACCUCGCUGCACUCACCCGGAAUCAAAUCAACUUGUUCCGAAGGGGGGAGGAACGCAACAACAGCAACAACAAACAACAACAAAGAGGGUACCAAUACUUGCUGGCUAGCUAGUGGCCCUGCUGUGGAUAAGACAGAAAUCUCGAAACAAAGGUCGCGUUUUCGUUCGUCGUCGUUCAUUGUGGGCUGAUAUCUACCGGUACCGUAAAGGUGAUCCCGCCUAUGACACACACGAUCACACAAGAGGAUCAAGGUGUGCUCUGUGGAAGCUACUACAGUAAUCAUCAAGCCAGCUGCAGUAUUGGAGAAUGCGGCGCUUUCGAUGUUGCAAUCGUUCCGGAAUCGAUGAAGUCAUCGGUUUCCAAGCUCUAGAAGAGGGAAGCACCAGUAACACGUCCAUCUAUACGCCGCCUAAUCGGGCCUAUGGUGUUCGUGGGGCGGGGCGAGGAGGACCAGAAGAACAAGGACGAGGCAAUAUCAAUGAAACCAACAAUAACAGAAAGUCGAGGAGCUUACGAAGAUUUUUCAUUCCCGCAGCAGCAUCUAUAACGGGACGCAAGAACUUCACCAACGGCGACCAGCAUUCGCCCACCGCCAGGAAAGAAGCUUCACUAAUCUCCGUAAGUCAAGCUUCAUCCGAGAACACUAGUAGUAGGCAUACACCGCAGUCGAUGGCCCUCAUGCUCAGUUGCUCCACGGACAUUGAUGUUGGGAGCGGCAAUGGGGAAAGCAACGACGGCACCAACGAUUACACGGAUCCAGCACCCUCUGACGAAUACAUGCACAUCAAAGGACCCAUUGAUACGGACACUUGCCAGAUAUUUCGGGACAAUCUACUAGACAAUGUGAAGAACACUAACCCUGGCCCCGGCAACAACCUUCUGCUCGCACAACGCAGCAACAGCCAAAGCACUAGCAUCGUCACAAACGAGAGCAGAAGCACUGUCGAAGUGGAUGACCCUUCCAUUACCGAUAUCCUCGAAGCAUUGAGUGAUUACGAUUCGUCCACGCAUCAUCGUGUCCGCCGAAAAAGCGUCGAAGAGACCAGACAAAGCCUUCAAGCUUUGACCAGGCCAUCUUACGACAGUGGAAGUGACGAAGAAGACUCCAUUCUAGCUACUCAUAGGAACGGAAACAAGAGACUUAGUCAACCAGCAUUCCAGGUACCGCUGGCGUUUUGGCCAAAGAGAAACCGCACCCCCACGAAACCCACCAAUGAAUCAGACGAGCCUCUCUUGGGGGACAAGGAUCGCGAAGCAGAUCAAAAUACAGUCUCAACAAAGGACCACACACUGACGGAAGGAGAGGAGUCUACUGUGUGUGUUGUUGAAUGGGAAUCUUCUGAUUCAUCUCAGAAGUCUGAUGGCAAUCACAAGCAGAUCCAUCACGGCAAUCUCAUCGAAUGGGUGAACGCACCAAAAUCAGCGGGAGGAAAGGGCGACACUCGAGGUGCACUCGAAACGAUUGAGCCCAGCAACAUGCUAAUAUCUACAGAUUCUCCAAUACUUCCGGAGGACCCAACCUCUUUGGAAAGGGUUGAGUCGUCUAGUUUCUACACACCAGUUUCAACCAACGUGGUAUCCUCCGGUGGAAACAGUGCAGACAGCUCCCGUGGAGCCAGCGUUGAUUACGACGAAGCCGGCGAGAAAAGGGGAGUACCGGCAGACGAUGAUAUAGCAUCGACAAAUUCAACCCGCAUGUCCUACAGUCGAAGCAUGACAAUAGACAAUGAAGACGAACUUUGCUUGCAGCCUCAACCAACAGAUUUCUCCUGGCUCUCAUCUUCCAACAACAGAAUAGAUGUAGUUCCAUCUCCAGAAUUUGUGAUAGACCAAAAAGGAUCCCUUGUUGGCGUGGAAAUCAGCAGCAGAAGUUGUGAAAGAGCUGACAGAGACGGCUCGAGAGAACCGGUCAUAGAACAAGUGGAACAUGACCCCUGGCGCCAACAGACAGUUGUACAAAAAAAUUACGGCUUAGAGACCCCCCAAGCCAUAAUCCGGGACGACCUGGCCGUUGCGGCCCCUUCAUUACCUCUUCCACCUCCAACCAAUCAUACACCAGAUCGCCAAGCACGAGAUCGCCAAGCACUCGGAAAUCAGCUUUUGGAUCCUUCUACCUCCGAUAUCUCAAAACUAAGGUCAUCUUGGAAAACAGAUCCAAUUGCAAUCAUUCCUCUUCCAUUCUUUUCAAGCAGCCAACCAAAAGACUCUGAGGCGAUUCAAACGUCAUCUUCAAGAGAUAGUAAAGAAAUGGCCCUUCCUCCAAAUGAUGACAAUGCCUUCACGUCCCCACCACGGAUGAAGUCUACUGCAGCUGGCAACGACAGUGCUCUCUUUUGGGAUGACAGCGAGGAAGGAACUAAGUCCGAACGCUUUCAAGUGCAUCAUACUAAUGAGCUCGUGGCGUGGCCCGACAGUGGCAAGUCUCCAUCAUUGCAAAGCGAAUUUUACCCGCCUGUCGUUGGGAAACACUCUAGCACAAAACUUGAACGCAAACUCCACAAUGAAAAGGAAGUUACCAGUACAAAUGAUUAUCCAAGCUCCGGUGUAGUUUCCGUGUCGCCACCCUUGAUAAACUACAGCAAAGAUUCCAGUGGCAACGCAAGGGAACCAAGCACAGGAGGAGCACUACAAAGCAAGAAUGGUUCUUCGAAGUUUGCGCUCUUUGACCGACAACAGGAUGCACUGCAUCUACACAAGCCCCUCCCUGUUCGAGCAACGUAUCAUCCUGUUUCCUUACCGGUCGUGAUGGAUGGCCCUCAAGGACCGGCAUCUCUAAACUACAGUUACAGUGUGAAGGCUGCGACUACGACUACAACGUCGAGCGCCAGCAGUCUCGUGUCGCAUUGCUCUUCUUCAUCCUCCGUUCAUGACAAGUUCCGACAAGAGGACCAAUUGCUCAUGGGGCAGAAGUCAGGGCAGGCUUCGGAGGAGACGGCGUUUGAAAUGCGGCAAACCAAGCAAGACUCAUUUGACAUUGACCACCAUAUUCCCGCGGCGCACUCGCUGCGUACCGCUUCGUCUGCUGCUGAAGCUAGUCUCGCGUGGCGAGAACCAGAUGAUGAUAUAGAAUGCGCGGGCAUCCAUCAAGGGCGAGCAAGCUUUGGGGUAUGCUCUUCCGAAAGCGUUACAAGUUCAAGUAUCGCUGGUUCGGACAAGCGUCGAUCGGUUCAGUCCUAUUGGGAGCAACGGAUUGCCAAUGCAAGCCCAAUUCUUCCGCCACACGAAGAAGGGAAUGUUUCUCGAUCCGAGAGGAAACCCACGUCGGUAACUCCGCCGGCAAGGAAGGGGGCGAAUGUCAUGUUGAAAAUCCAAGCUCUCGAACGCCAGUUCUACGGGGACAGGUAAUCUCCAGCAAUGCAGAGCUAUUAAUUAAUUACUGAGCCACUAAUAGAUCCUUAUAUAUAUAUAGCAACAACUGGUGCCAAUGCC